AUGGAAUUCAAAUUUUCUGAUGAGAGUAGAAGAGAAGAACAAAUCGAUGAAUUAUUAGAAACAUUUCGAACUUCGUUUUGGCUCGAAGAACGUCGUUGGUUUGUUCGAUGUGAAUGGAAUUUACGUGUUGAAGAUGAUUCGAUUUUACUUUAUACAUUACCCUAUUAUUUAGACCGAUUUUGUGUUCGAGAUCAAUCUAGACGAUUCAAAUCAACUGGUCUGGAUGAUCCAGUGUAUUGGUUAUAUAAUUCCGUACAUAAUAUUAGCUUAGAAGGCGAUAUUAACAAUUGGUGCUUAUUUCCGAUUCGCUACUCAAACCUUCGUUGCCUACGUAUUUGUCUUCCUACACAUAAAAAUAUUUACUCGUUUAUUCCGACACUUGAUAAUCUAACAUCUCUUAUAGUAGUUAUGAACGAUAGCAGUGCUGAAUCUGAAUUACUAGACUUGAUUAAUCGAGCACCUCAUCUCUAUUCGUUGACAAUCGAUUUAUUACCAAAUUUAUUAUCGAUACUAUGGAAAGUCACGAGUACAUCUAUUCGUCGACUGGAUUUAUUUCAUUCAUCGUUUUGGUAUGAUUUAUGUCUCAAUGCUGCACAAUGUUCUGAAUUAAUCAAUUCAUCAUUGGGACGUCAAUGUGAAGUUCUCUCGGUUAACGUGGAAGAUCGAUCGAAUGUCCUCGAUCUUGUCAAGACGAAGUCUAAUGUUCGAGCGUUAAUAUGUAAGUUGAAAGAAGAAGAAGAAGAAGAGAAGGGUAACAACAAACGAAUAUCAUCAUCGGAUAAAGAUGAGCUUGUUGAAUGGUUACGAGACCAUUUGCUAUCGAUGAGUUCUGUUCGUCGAACAUUUUAUAUAAAUAACAGCAUUGAGAUUUGGGUAAAUCAAUAA